AGCCAAAAAGAAAAAUGCCACCACCAAAACCAAAGAACUCCCGAAUGCUGACGUUAAUCAACUACAGGCUCAGAGUCACGCUAAACGACACUCGUCAGCUCGUUGGACAGAUGCUAGCUUUUGAUAGACACAUGAACCUUGUUUUAGUUGAUACUAUCGAGUUUAGAAGGUUGAAAGGUCCUUCUAGCCAAGGUGACAUCCCAAAGGAAAUGAAGAGAGCACUCGGUUUGAUUGUUUUGCGUGGAGAGACUAUCAUCUCUAUCAGCGUUGAGGGUCCACCACCUGUGAAGGAGGAAGAUCCAAUAAGCAGCGGUCCAGGUGUGGGUGCACCAGCUGGUAGAGGAAUGCCAUUGGGUGCAGGCGCUGGUCCAGCUCCACCUGCAUUCCAAGCACGCCCUAUGCCAUACGCUGGUGGUCCACCACCACCUGGAUUCCCUGGUGCUGCACCUGGAUUUAGACCACCGCCUGGUUUCCCAGGCGCACCUCCUCAAUCUAUGCCUGGAUUCCCAGCAGCACCACCUGGCUUCCCUGGUAUGCGUCCACCGUCAAGUUAAUAAUAUUUAUUAUAAAAAUUAUUUUGUACUUCAAUUUAAACCG